AUGGCUUACUGCAUUAUUUAUGCCGGCACGAAAUCGCCGCUGCAGUUUAUCGCGCCAUCUGGCGUCGGCGCGCGCGAAUAUCGCCCUUAUUGCCGCACGCGUGAGUCCACGGUGGCGUGGACGGGCCGGGGCAGAUGUGAAACAAAAAGAUUGAUCGCCCAUUCCCAUUCCGGUCGCGAGGCGCGUCGGGACAGGGCGCACGUGUUGAGUGCGCCGGCGCAUGCGGUUAGCGCCGCCCGAGCCCGGGACGGAUGCGCGGGCGAGGCGCGGCUCACGCUGUGCCCCAGGUCCCAGGUCGACGCA